AAAGACAGAUCUCGACCAUAAUGCUGUGGUAAGAGAGAAGCAAAGUUUGUGCAGAAUAGCACAUUCAUCAAAGUUUAUGCUCAGAAAUAUUAUAUUCUGUUAUUCUUGUUGGAAAAACCAGCUAAAUGGCAUCCGGACCUCUAUAUAAAGACCUCGCAAAUGGGCUUUUUUUAACCAAACUGGAUUUUCUCAUCUUUUGUGCGAAUGGCCGAUCUGGAUGCCAGCAUCCUGCAAGACGUUCGUGACCUCGCCAAUUCCAAAUGGGGAGAUCCCAAUGACAGGAGACGCAUCGCCGCUUGCCUAGUGAAUAUUGUAUACCUGCUGGAAAUGGGCAAGGUAAGGGAAGAAAUGGUCAGGCAAUGGUGCAAUUUACUUAAAUUCAACGUAAAAGAAAAAAUAAAAGAGAGAGAGGUAAUAUUUGGGGCCGUUUUCGAGUGGGUAGGGGAAAAAAGAAGAGACGGAGGUACAGAGGAACUUCAUUUCCCCUUAGAAGUUGUUGCCUUCAGGGGUACAAUUCCAGAACGAAACCAUAUUCUGAGAAAGGAUAUUAAAGCGUUUUGGAAUGCAAUAAAUGCAUUUCAUGAUUCCGUUGAGAGAGUGGGUAUCGGCUUAAACUAAUUGCAAGAGAGUAUUAAACGUCAAAGUUCUGAGAACAUCUGGAUUGUAGGCCACUGGUUGGGAGCCGCCAUUGCAUUGGCUGCUGUAAGAAAAUUGAAUGGAGAGAACAGAGAUAAAAUCGAAGCACAUCUCUUCAAUCCUCCCUUUCUUUCCCCAAGGCUUCCUGAGGUACAAGGACAUGAGUUGGUAGGAAGAGCUUUAGCAGCUGUAGAUGAUAUUUGGAACAGUGCAUUUGCAUGUAAUAUGUUUCAUUUUAGGAUGAUAAAUGAUAAUAUAUUGCGUAAUUUGUAUAAUGAAUUCAUUGGGCUUAGUGGUUGGAUUCCCAACAUAUAUGUGAACACAAAUGAUCCCAUUUGCUGCUCUUACAUCCGCUAUUUUGAGAAGAUGCAAGGUAUAUACAAGCAGGGACGCCAGGGCAUUUUUGAGCGCAUGAAGUACCUCUUCUGUUAUGAAGUAGCCCAAGAGAGAACACCCAUGAAUUUGCUUCCUUCUGCUAAGCUGUUUCUUAAAGACUCUCGCAUUGUUUGUCCUUUGGAGAAUCAUCGUCUUCGUCAGUGGUGGUCGAGCAUCCUCCAACUUAAGGACGCGCUAUAUGUACCUCCAGACAAUAGCCCAGCUAAUGCCCCACACGCUCAAACUUGAGGGCAAGAUGUCACAUCCUCAUAGACUUCUUUUUAUUUUGCUAGUCGCCUCUCGUCCCGACCAUAAUAACACCUCUAGACCAUAAUAACACCUGUCGUCCCGAUGUAAUUUGGACGAGGGCAAAACUCUAGACCAUAAUAACACCUGUCGUCCCGAUGUAAUUUGGACGAGGGCAAAACUGUAGAUCAUAAUAACUUUUAAUUAAACUUUA